AUGGCAAUAGAUACUGAGCAAAAGUCACCCACCGAUGGCAAAGUUUGCGGAAUUUUUAAGCUGCCUUUUCGCCAAACCGGGAAUAAUACCAGAACGACUCCAUUUUCUUUUUCAGCGUCUAAUUUAUACGUUCAAACUCAACCUCAUGCCAAAGGAUCGAAUCAUCACGGCUCUGCCAUUUCAGUUUCCUCCGUUGCAAAGUCGCUUUUGCCGAAUUGGCGUCGGCUCAAACUUGAUCCAGCUAAUAAGCUAUAUUUUCCAUUUUCAAACAACUGCACAAAGAGCUGUUUCAUGCGCCUUCUGGGUGCCAUUCUAACCCCCGAUGAGAACAUCAUAGCAACGGUCUUCAAGUUCGUGGAGCCUCCUGAGAACAAUGAAAAAUAG